UUUUUGAUGCUGUGAAAACUAUAACCGUCCAGAAACAUGAACCAAACAGUAGUUAAAUUAGCUUAUGCCAUUAAAUUAAAUAUCCAUAUAUAAAUGCACUAUCUUCGAUUAAUGUCUGAAAUUUUUGAUGAUAUUCUCAUCACAUGAAGAGUUGAGUUAUGUUGUGGUUUUAAUUUUGGUGGCUGUAGUUAUUCUUCUCCCUUAUUAUUGGUGAUUGUGUUUUUCCUGUUUCUAUUUACUUUUCAGGCUGUGUUGUUAUCAAUUUUCGGCUGAAGUCAUGAGUUUUGCUUUUCGAGGGAGUAGGGGAGAUAUUGAAAACGGAUUUUCAGAAUAUGUUCCUGAGAGAACCUCAAUGCGGGUUCGUCCAUCUCGGCCAGUCCAUAGCAAUUGUCUGGUUUUUCUUUUUGCAGUUAUUAUGAUAUUCGUGAUAUUAUACUCCCCUCAGAUGUUAUAUUAUUUUUUGCGCUGGAUAAUACUGUCGGUCUUUGUGAUGGUUACAAGUCUGAGGGCGUAUGCAAUUUAUCUGCAUCUUCAAUCACAGGCCAGGGCUCAUGCUGCAGCAGCCUCUGGGUUACUUGGCCAUGCUGAAUUACGAGUUCACGUGCCACCAUCUAUUGCAUUUGCAACAGGAGGAAGAUUGCAGGGACUUAGACUCCAGCUUGCACUUCUUGACCGAAAUUUUAAUGAGAUAGAUUAUGACACUUUGAGAGUUCUUGCUUUUGGUACUCCUUCAAUGAGUGAGGAGGAGAUAAAUGCCUUGCCUAUUCACAAACAUAAAGUUACUGGCCCAAUAAAAGAUGGCUCCACCGGUUCGACAUCCUCUUCUUCAGAGGCAGCUGAGAUUAAACAAGAUUGUAAAGGAGAAGAGGGAAGUGCCAAUGAUCAAGAAGAUGGAUUGACUUGUGCUAUAUGCUUGGACCAAGUUCAGAGGGGGGAACUUGUGCGUAGCUUGCCAUGCUUGCAUCAGUUUCAUGCCAGCUGCAUUGAUCAAUGGCUCCGGCGAAAACGAACAUGUCCUGUAUGCAAAUUUAAGAUGGGGGCGGGAUGGCUAAGUAACAAUGCGUGCGAGUCGGAUGAUUCAGAUAUUGUGUAGUAUUAUUCAGAUAUGGCUGUGAAGUGCGCGAUGUCCUGAGUUAUAUAAAUAUAUGUAUAUAUUUUUGGAAUUGGGCCGUACCCUUUGCUUGGCUUGAAUAAUUAAGAAUGUAAUCUAUCUAUUAAAGUAACGAAGGGACAUAUUAUUAAUUCUUCAAUAUUCCUGAAAUGUGCACCACUUAAAA